GGGGGGGAGCCGAGAAUCUGACAACCACAUUUCGGAUGUGAUGUUUAAUGUAAGCCGGCUACUCAGGUGCUACUUGAUGUUGGUACGUGUAUCGUUCUGAAUUUGUUGAGUUGUGCAGAUUAGGUUAUCCAGUACAGAAUGCUUCACAAUUUUACGCCUUGGUCUGCGUCAUGCGUUUUGGCAUUGCCUCCAAAUGCUCAGAGGCAUGUAUGCCAAUUGUUUCGACUAUCUGUCGUCGUUGCCUCAUCGCGUCAGUGACACAGGAAAAUGAGCGUGGUGGCCAGUUACAUGCGCGCACACUCACGCACUAGCGGAACUCGCUCGAGAAGUCGUUCCUUCAUUGGCUUGGCGAAGGACAGUUGCACUUUUUUCUCAACGUUGAGGAGUGUCAUUAGAGAGCGCUACUCGCAUUGCUGCUCACUUCUCGGUAUGACCAUUUUGUUUGCUACAGGAAACAGAGGUUCUUCCUUACCGGCAGAGCAAUAGUUUCUCUGUGUGUUAGGUUCGUCGAUGGCAGUAGCGCCCCUAGUUCGUUCAAUGCAGCUCGUGUUCGUUAUUGGUUAAGCCCGUCACGAUCCACGCGUUUGUCCGCUUGAACAUACGGAGUGUGACAACUUCAAGAUGUAGUCGUGAUAUGAUGUUCGUAGCCAUUUUGGCCCAACGGGAAGCCAGCGCGAGCGAGGUGUCCGCCCGUCAUCCUCGACCGACGGAAGAGUCUGAGCCCCCGCCGCGAUGUCCGCUGCCAAGAAAGCGUCGAGGGCGUCCAAAGCCGCGGACUCCAUCAACAGCCGUAUCCAGUUGGUGAUGAAGAGCGGCAAGUACAGCCUGGGUUAUCCCAGUACCACGUUGAAGACCCUUCGGCAGGGCAAGGCAAAGCUCAUCCUGAUCAGCAGCAAUUGCCCAGCACUCCGCAAGAGCGAGAUCGAGUAUUACGCCAUGUUGGCUAAGACCGGUGUGCACCACUUCCACGGCGACAACAACGAGCUCGGCACUGCGUGCGGAAGGUACUACCGUGUAAGCUGCCUGUCUAUUACCGAUCCUGGCGACUCCGACAUCAUUCGCUCCUUGCCAGGCGGCGAGUGAGGUGGCGUUGUUGAGUAUUCGGGUUUGCCAUUGGUAUCAAAGCAAGCACUGUGGUCCACGGUAAUGCGGCGCGAUACUCGCGGUGAGGAAAAACGUAAACAUUAAGUUCGCGAGUUGUUGACUCAUGUGUGCAUUAUUCGAAGAAGGGCUUCGCCCCUUGUUGCCGCCCCAUCCUGCGAAUUGCACGCGCGGUUGGGAUUUGGUUGGUUGGUUGGGUGAUCGGUAGCAGGUUGGCCACUCGGUGGUUGGCAGGCGGGCGUGCUGGCCGGUUCGGUGGCGAACUAGUUUGUUGGCCGUUUCAGGGCACCGAUCCACGUUCUCUACAUAGAAUCGUAGACUCCGGAGCGUGGACCCAUAGCCUGCUCCCUUGUAACACCCAUCACGGUGG